AAAAAAAAGAUAAGCGAAUAAUUCAGAUUCUUUUUCUUGGAAUCUAAAAAACCCCAGUUCGGUUCUGUCUCAAUUUUGAUCCAACGGUCUAAUUUUCUCUUCGUUACUCUUGAUUUUCUCGGGAAACCGAAAAGGAAAACAGAGGUGCACAACAACCAAUCUGAGGGAGACGUUUAAAAGAUUUUUUUUUUGCAUCUUCACUCGAUCGAUGACGUACGGCGAUGGCAUCGAUAAGACGGUGCCUGAGCUGAAAUCGAGAAUGGAGGAUCUAGAGAAUGGUGAUUAUGUGAAAUUAAGAGGAGGAUCGGAGGAUGAAGAAGAAGGAUCUCGUGGUGAAUCAUCAGGAUGUUCGAUUGGGUCGGUGACGUCGGUGUGGUUCUGGGUUAAAUUGAUUUUCCUCGUAGCUUGUGUGGGUGUAUUGGCAUUUGUAAUCAUUAAAUGGAUUGGUCCAUUUUUGAUCGAAAAGGAACUUAUUCCGUUUAUAAAGUGGGUGAGAAGCACAUUCAGCAUCCCUAUGCUUGGUCUUCUCCUCUUUGCCUCAGUGGCAUUGUUCCCAACCAUUCUUCUUCCUUCCUCUCCUUCCAUGUGGAUGGCCGGUCUUACCUUUGGUUAUGGGAAAGGGUUUCUCUUGAUUCUGUCAGCAGCAUCUAUUGGUGUUACUCUUCCUUUCCUAAUCGGACAUCUCUUCCUCCACAAGAUGCAAGAAUGGUUGAAGCAAUACCCGAAAAAGGCAGCAAUACUUCGAGCAGCCGGUGAAGGAACCUGGUUUCAUCAGUUUCAAGCAGUCACGUUAAUCCGUGUCUCUCCAUUCCCUUACAUGAUUUACAACUACUGCGCAUUGGCCACUGGAGUUCACUACGGUCCUUACAUCUUAGGCUCCCUUGUUGGAAUGGUUCCUGAGAUCUUUGUCUCAAUCUACACGGGAAUAAUGCUAAGAACGCUAGCUGUUGCUUCGGACGUGAGACACAGCCUUUCGGCAGUGGAGAUAGUAGUGAAUGUUCUUGGUUUCUGUGUAACCGCAAGCGCGACUAUAGUCUGCACAAUCUAUGCGAAGAAGAAGCUAAGCGCAAUGCAAUCUGAAGAAGCAGAGACACCUUAAAGUACACACGCUGCUUGAAGAACUCUUUUCAUCACCCAACGCUUAAAGAGCAAUCACUAAACGUAUCACCAUCUAACACGAUAAGUUUUAUGUAAAACUGAUCAUAUUAUAUAAAUAUAUUUUGUUUUGUUUUGGUUUAUAUUCAUUUGAAAAUGAAUAUAUCUGCUUUUUUCUUGUAUAGAUUAUCAACCAAGUUCUGAUUUUGUAUGUAUAUCUUCUUAGUUUAUCUAA